GGGAGUGAGACAAAUACUUGGCAGUAACAUAUUAACUAAUACGUAAAUAUACCACAGGUCUUGAGUCCAAACUUUGAUAUUUACCCUUAUCCUUGUAGUCUGAUUUGUUUUCAUGAUUACACUUCAAAAACUUUCAGAACAAGAGAUACGAAACUUGUAUAAAGUAACUUUUAAGUAGUUUUGAACUCCUUAACCAUUAUUGGAACAAGAGAGACGAAUGCCUUUAAUUUCUAGUCUAGGAACUGUGGUGUAUAACCAAGUGUAAAUAAAACAUUUGUCAAAUAUUAGGAGGUUUUCGAGUGCUUGCAGUAGGAAUUUGAAAUCCUUGAAGUGUGAGGUGGGCAACAAGAUUCUUCUGGCUGGCUGGAAUGCAGGUGAGAAGACUCCCCAGAAAACAACAGAAGAGUGAACCAUACAUCUUAAGUAGGCUUGUAGUGUUGCUGUUUCUCCUAAGACUUGACUGGAGAGCCACACCACUGUGCUUUGAAAGAGACAGUCAGGAGGAACAAAUGGCAAGAAUCUACAAAGGAGACCUCUAGUUAAAAUGUUAUUAAAAUAGCCUUAGAGAGGGAUGAAAAGAAAACAAUGUUGUUCUCUCUGUCAAAUGGUAUUUAGUCAUGUGGAGCUUCAUGGCACGUUCACUGGAAGAACAAGGUUCAGGCUGAAAUGGCUGUUCCAGGUGCCUCCAUCUUCAGGCUCUCAGACUUGCUGGGGUGCCGCAGCAGCUAGGGACUCUCUUGUCUAGUAUUAGAGAAACAUUUGUUGCAAUUUUAUGUUUUUGUUCUGCUUCACUGUUUGUGUUAAAUGCAUGUUUUUGCCUUGGUAUUCUCUUCAUCGAUACCUACUGAGUGGCUAGAUACACAAAAUGGUAUUCUAUUCCAUUAUGUAUGGCCAUUCUUAAACCCAGGGUCUCUAGUACCCCACAGGCAUUCAAGCAAACCUAAAUAAUAUGAUACCCCUUCCAAAAGCUGUUCAGAUUGGGCUGGGUGUAGCACACAUGUCUUUGAAAGCAGUGCCUAGUGGGGUCUUACUAGCCAGAAGAGCACUGUGGCUUGCAACAGCAUAGCAGGGAUUUUUCCUCAUGACCUCCUGAAUGCCAAGGGAGUUACCAUGAUUUUCCUUAGCUCUGGUUUCAGUUACAGCAGCAGAAACUGCUAGUACAAGAUUCUGCACUAGAAUACUUGUAUUCUCUUGCCUUUGUUUUAUGGCAUUUUUACAGCUCAUUUAUUAUGAACAGGAAAUCCAUAAUACCUUAUUUUGCUAAAGCUUUAUUCCUUAUCUUGCUUAAAUAUUGUAAGUCUAAAAAUCUUUCAUGCUCAAAGAGCAUGCAUUGGUUUCUUCCAUGUGUUCCCACUGGAUGUCAUGUGCUGACAAAAUGAAGUACUAAAGCUGCAUCCUUACUGUGCAAAUCCACAGAAAACCCAUUCCAAAAAUCAGCCUUUAUUAGUAGGACACAUUUAUAAUCAUGCAGAUGUAGCUGCAUAGAUUGCUUUGGCACUUUUAUCUUUUUUUCACUUCAAUAUGGUCUUACAAGCUCUGGCAUGGAGAUAGCUGUAAAGCAGCUGGAGAAUGGAAAAUAUCUGUUAAAAAUCAAAUAUGACAUGUUCAUCCUGGAUAGGAAUGUGCUGCUCGGUUAUACAACUAUCGUUCUGUACUUAACUGCCUUUACAAGAUUUGUCUUGUUCCUUCUUGGGAGUUCACAGCUAAUUCGACACUCCCUCAAGCUAUAAAUUAUGGGCACAUGCCUACUGAAGUGUGAUUUAUUAUUUUUAUUAAAAAAACCCAACUUGCAUCCCACGUUUCGCUGGAAAGAGGCUUCUUUGUGCACCAAGCCUUUAAAUUGCAAGCAGCCACUUACUGCUUUUGCUUUUUUGGAUAGCGUUGCUCAAGGAUCUCCAUCAACUCCUCUCACCAUGAAGAGUUUUGCUCUUCUUUUCCUAGUAGUGAUCUGUGGCAUGGGAGGAUUGGGGCAGAAGCUGAAGCCAAAGAAAAGAAGCAAUGGUGAAGAAAUCAAUUUUCGGACUAAAACCAAAGAUGUUUGCACAAUGAGCAUGAGUGGGGAUGAGGAGAUGAAACUCAGAAUUGAAUGCAAAAGCCAAGGCAUGUCCUACUGGUGUGAAUUCACUGGCAAGCCAUCAGUCUGUCGUCCUUUCAGAAACAAUCCAAAGAUCUACUGGAAUCAGAUUGCCAUGGAACUUAGAAAGCUCCCGCACGCUUGUGAAUCCACACAAGUGUUGAAGGCCACCAUGUGCCAAAAGGCUCCCACAGAGGCUCUCAUGAAGCAAGUAGCUGCUGGUAUGGAGCCAGAAGAUCUAGCAAACCAGGACAAAUCAGUCCAGAAAACUUCUAUGAGGGGAGCAGGGAAAAGCCCUGUUAAGAAAAUACAGAAACCUCCAAUACUACCUCUUGUAAAACCAACCCAACGUGGUCAAGGGUCUGAAAAUGAAACGGAAGCGAUGAAACUGGCACGGGAACACUGCUGGGAAUCCCUGCAUGAUUUCUGCUCCUACAUUAUUGGCAUCUUUGGAGGUUAAGGGUUUGCUUCAGAGCAAAAUUUUUACAGCUGAAGAAGGGUCCUUGCUGUAGUUUAAUAAUUUAGAUGUAAGAAUUCUGGUUUAAAAAUUAGUCAUCUCUAUAAAUCUUGUAGCUAUUUCUGCUUUGCACCCCUAAAAUGAAACUUUUUAAUAGCCCUGAAAAAUGCAUGAAACUGGAGUGACUGUACUUAAAGUGUAAGGAUGAACUAACUGUUCCUAGGUCUGUUACGCGCCAAGGUGUACCGCAUUUAUGUAACCAAGGCUCUGCUUUAAGAGUGCUGACCUCAAUAGGUUUUUGUGGGCGCUGAUUUGCCCCAGUUUGUUAGAGAUGAAAGCUGUAAAUGAUGCUACAGUUAGUGCAAACAAUAAAAAUAAGAUUUUAA